GGAUACGGUAAAAUCCCAAAUCGGAAGUCUGAUUGUCCGAGAGCUCAAUUAGCCCCCCACCCCACAUCCUCCAGGCCAUUAUCAAUCAGUCAGGACCCAACGAGCUUCACUUCUCUUGUCUCGUCUCUCUCCACUGUCGCUCCGCAGCUCAAAGCAGUGUCUUGUUUCGCUUCCCUCAUCCGGCGGCGGCGACGAGAAGGAAAUCCGAAAGCAGAACAAACAAAGCGGGCGCAGCCGGCGAGAUCACCCGAAACGUCACUCGACGCCAAAGAGCAAAUGGGUUUCUUUUCGUUCCUCGGCAGAGUCCUUUUCGCCUCCCUCUUCAUCCUCUCCGCCUGGCAAAUGUUCAACGAAUUUGGGGAUGAUGGUGGCCCUGCCGCCCAAGAAUACAUGUCGAAGCUUUCCACGGUCAAGCACCAUCUUGCAACUACAUUGGCAGUCAAAAUGCCAGAUAUUGAUGCUAGGCAUGUCGUUGCCGUUAACAUUGUUCUCAAGGGGCUCGGAGGCUUCCUCUUUGUUUUCGGCACCCCAUUUGGUGCAUAUCUCCUGCUUGUCUACUUGGCUGUUAAUGCCCCACUUCUCUACGACUUCUACAACUACCGUCGGGGCGAGAUGGAGUACUUGAUUCUCUUGAACGAGUUCAUCCAGAGCGUUGCUCUUUUCGGUGCAUUGAUGUUCUUCCUGGGGAUGAAGAACUUGAUCCCAAAGAGACAGAUCAAGAAGAAGGCAGCUCCCAAGGCCAAAGAUUACUUGAAAACUGUGGUUCCUUCGCAAUUGAUCGCCGAGCGAGGCUCCAAUAUAGUUGUCAUCAACCCAGGUUCCGCAAAUGUCCGAAUCGGAGUCGCGCGGCAGGAUACUCCCUCUAUCAUUCCUCACUGUAUUGCUCGUUAUACCAAUCAAACGCCCAAGUUGAAUGUCCAAGAUCAGAUGCUGAAUUGUCAGGUGACGACUGCUCAGCAAAUGGAGCGUCAGAAGGCUUAUGAUGUUAUUGCAUCAUUUCUAAAGAUUCCUUUUCUGGAUGACCAAGUGGGCAUCCCACGGAAGAUGGGCCGUGUUGAUGGACAUAAUCAUCACAAUGGUAGGGGGAAGGACGAGUGUUUUGCAUGGGCUAAUGUUUAUGAGCAGGAUGCUAAGUCCACUUGUACACCAGAAAGGACGACUAGUGAAGAUCGGGUUGGCGAAUCCUCAGAGGAGCACCGAGAUGAGUUACCAAAGCAGCUUCAUUCCACCGAGAAUAGGUUAAGGCAGUUCAUUAUUGGGGAGGAAGCAUUAAGAAUAUCCCCUACGGAGCCAUAUUGUGUACGCCGCCCCAUUCGCCGAGGUCACUUGAACAUUUCUCAGCAGUAUCCACUGCAGCAGGUGAUCGAGGACCUGCACGCUAUCUGGGACUGGAUAUUGACAGAGAAACUUGAUGUACCUCGGUCACAUAGAAACAUGUAUUCAGUGGUUCUUGUUUUGUCAGAAACAUUUGAUACUCGAGAAAUGAAAGAAAUGUUAUCUGUAGUACUACGAGAUUUGCACUUUAGCUCAGCAGUGGUACAUCAGGAAGGCCUUGCUGCAGUAUUUGGGAACGGAUUAUCAACGGCAUGUGUAGUCAAUAUGGGAGCUCAAACUACUACUGUUAUUUGCAUCGAGGAUGGGGCAGCACUACCAAAUACAGAAAAAACCUUGCAAUUUGGCGGAGAGGAUAUAUCAAGAUGUCUGCUCUGGACGCAAAGGCACCAUCAGACAUGGCCACCUAUUCGAACUGACCUGUUGACAAGGCCUAUGGAUUUGCUAAUGUUGAACAAACUGAAAGAGAACUAUUGUGAGAUCAAGGAAGGGGAGCUUGAUGCUGUUUCCAUAGUUCAUUCCUAUGAAGAGGGCCAGCCACCUGGAUCUCAUAAGACUAGGUUAACUGCUCUUAGUGUACCUCCAAUGGGACUCUUCUACCCAGCGCUUUUGGUUCCAGAUGUGUAUCCUCCUCCACCUCGUUCUUGGUUUAAUGAUUAUGAUGACAUGCUGGAAGAAACAUAUCAUAUAGAAUACCCUAGAAGGCCGGAUUUAGUUGAAGGAAUGUAUCCUGGGAUGAAUGUUGGAUUAUCCAUGUGGGAUAACUACCCGAUAUUUUCUUCAAAGCCAAAAAAGGAAGAAAAAGUUGGCCUUGCAGAAGCAAUCACCAGUAGCAUUCUCUCAAGUGGCCGCAUUGAGCUUCAAAGGAAGUUGUUCUGCAGCAUUCAAUUGAUUGGUGGAGUGGCCUUGACGGCUGGUCUCAUUCCCGCUGUGGAAGAAAGGGUUCUGCAUGCAAUUCCCCCGAAUGAGGCGAUUGAUACUGUAGAGAUCCUUGGAAUCCUCGACUUUGGUCGUGAUGCUUGGAUUCACAGGGAGGACUGGGUCCGAAGCGGCAUUCACAUAAAUAGCAACAGAAAAUACAGGGACUCUUACUAUCUCCAAGCCCAAGCCAUGAGCUAUAUCAACUCCUGAAGCAUACAAUUUCUGGUGUAAACUUAUUUAACUUAUACACAAGCUAGUGUGGCAUUACAUUUUCGUCACUUGAUCAGUGAACCCGCAAAUAUCCGUUGUUGUAUCUGUUCAUGUUACCUUAUAGUCCACACAGGUCUCAAACCGGCUCUUAAAGAAAGCGAGUAAACACCCUAGUUUAGCAGCAGGUAGCUGGUUCUAGCUGCUGCCACAACCGUGCAACGUUCAGGGCAACACCUUGCGGAUAUCUAAUUAGGGAGCUCUCCGACCCAUCUCCUCGACACUCUAACUCAGUUCAGCUAGCUCCACCACUACUCCCAACCUCUCUUCAUUACCCCCACACACCGUGCGCUACAUCCUCGUCUCCAUUGCUUCCUUUCCUUUCACCUUCCCUUCUCAACAACGUCCCGUUAUCACUCAUUAGCUCGUACUUGUGGUUGAGUGCUGCGGCCUGACCUUGGAUUGCAGCUAUUGUGGGUAUGGGGAGGGAGAUGAGCUCCGCUACCAUGAGGUUUAGUACCGUGAAUAACAUUCGGUGGUCUGUUGCUGCUGAGCGAUGGCGAAUCAACUGCAGCAUGGGAUGUGUGAUGUGUUCAGUUCCGGUUGAUGAGCUUGUUGUGAUUCCUUUAGAAAAGAGUGUUUAUGACGAGAACGUGUAGCCACUUAAUGUUUGUGAGUUGGCCGUCAAAAUGAAAAGAUCAAAUUGGUGACACAAUUAAGUCAAUGUUCAAUGAUUCUUUUUAUGAAUACCCAAUAGUUAGACU